AAUGGCUUGGCUGGGUGGUGAGUCGGGAAUGGCUGCCAAGAGAUGACUCCCAGCUGAGUGUUUAAGGGUACGUAGGGGAUGUCGAGGCAAAGAAGGGCUUCUCUCCUGAGGAAUAUGGAGGGCUUGUGAACUUGGGAGCCGGUGGGCGUGAUCCAGACAGUAUAUGCCCAUGACCUUGUAAGUGGAUGCGCAAGAGAAGGGACUGUCCCUGGUUUAGGAAUCUCCCAGUGAUUUUCCAGAUGUGCUGGAACCUCCGGGUUCCCAAGUGUACCCAUUUCUUUCCUGGCUGAGACCUGCAGAGGCGUGAGCCCAAUUGGUUCGCCAAAAUCUGGCACUUGGAAGAAGUUCCUUGAAGGAGCGGUUGAGUGAAAUAAGCUAUCUGGGCUUUCACAUCUCCCUUCUAUGAGAGUGAAAAUCGGCAGUGCCCACUCUAAACAGCUGCAGAGGCUAGGACCCACAGUGACCACUUUAGGCUCCUACGAGGUGUCUGACGGUUGUGAGAGGAAGAAAGGCCAACGCUGGGGGUCCCUGGAAAGGCGUGGAAUGCAAGCCAUGGAGGGGGAAGUGUUACUCCCAGCCCUCUACGAGGAGGAAGAGGAGGAGGAAGAGGAAGAAGAGGGGGAAGAAGAGGAUGAUCAGGUGCAAAAGGGAGGAAGCGGGGGCUCCUUGUCCCUCAGUAAGCACCGGGGCCUGAGCCUCACGGAGACCGAACUGGAGGAGCUGAGGGCUCAGGUGCUGCAGCUGGUGGCAGAGCUGGAGGAGACCCGGGAACUGGCAGGGCAGCAUGAGGAUGACUCGCUGGAGCUGCAGGGGCUCCUGGAGGAUGAGCGGCUGGCCAGCGCCCAGCAGGCAGAGGUGUUCACCAAGCAGAUCCAGCAGCUCCAAGGCGAGCUGCGCUCUCUGCGGGAGGAGAUUUCCCUUUUGGAGCGUGACAAAGAAUAUGAACUUAAGGAGAUAGAACAGGAGCUGCACUUGGCCCGGGCUGAGAUCCAGAAUCUGCGGCAAGCAGCGGAAGAUUCUGCGACCGAUCACGAGAGUGACAUCGCCUCCCUGCAGGAGGAUAUCUGCCGGAUGCGGAAUGAACUCGAGGACAUGGAGCGCAUCCGGGGAGAGUAUGAGAUGGAGAUCACCACGCUCCGCGCAGAAAUGGAAAUGAAGACCUCUGACCCUUCCAACAGCUUAAGUCUCUCCGACUUCUCUGAGAUGCAAGAAGAGUUGCAGCAGCUGCGGGACCGCUACCGCUUCCUGAAUGAGGAGUACCAGGCCCUGCAGGAGAGCAACAGCAGCCUCACAGGGCAGCUUGCAGAGCUGGAGAGUGAGAGGACACGAAGAGCAACAGAAAGGUGGCUGGAGUCCCAAACACUGCGGAGUAUGAUGUCAGCAGAGUCUCAGACUUCAGAAGCCGACUUCCUGGAGCCUGAUCCUGAAAUGCAUUUGUUGCGACAGCAGCUGCUGGGAGCUGAGGAGCAGAUGCAUGACAUGCAGAGCAAGUGUAAGAAAUUGUGUUGUGAGUUGCAAGAGCUGCAGCAUCAUCACCGGACCAGCGAGGAGGAGCAAAGGCGGCUGCAGAGGGAGCUCAAGUGCGCACAGAACGAGGUGCUUCGGUUUCAGACUUCCCAUGACGUCACCCAGAACGAGGAGCUGCGGACCAGACUCUGUGCCCUACAGCAAAAGUAUGAUGCUAGCCAGGAUGAGCAGAAUGAGCUCUUGAAGGUGCAGCUACAACUUCAGGCUGAGCUCCGGCAGCUCAAAAUCACGAAAUCCCAAGUCGUAGAAAGCCAGAGUGAGAAGGAGUUACUGUGCCGGCUCCAGAAGCUGCAGCUGCAGUACCAGAACAUCACGUGUGAAAAGGACAAGCUGCUGGACGUGCAGCAGCAGCUGCGGGACAACCUGCAGUGCCACGAGGCGGAGGUGCAGCACCUCAAGGGCGUCGUGGCCUCCUUCCAAGACAGCAGAGAGAAGUACACGGAGAUGCGCGCCCAGCUGCAGGAGGUGAAGCGGCUCCACCAGACCAGCCGGGAUGCGCUGGAGCAGCAGAAGCACAUGUACGAUCAGCUUGAGCAGGACUUCCUGCUCUGCCAGGAGGAGCUGCAACAGCUCAAGACCACCCAGGCCAUCCAAGAGGACAAGGGGCAAUGUGCGAAUAAGUGUGACACCCUGCUCUUCAGACUGACAGAAUUGCAGGAGAGGUACAAGGCCAGCCAGAAGGAGAUGGGCCAGCUGCAGAUGCAGCAGUGCGAGCUCCUGGAGGAGCAGAGGAGGAUGCAGGAGGAGCAGGGCCAGCUGCAAGAAGAGCUGCACAGGCUCACGUUCCCGCUGCCCAAAUCUGGUCUCUUCCACAAGAGUCAGGAGCUACUUACAAAGUUACAAAACCUGUGUGAACUCCAGUUGCUCUACCAAGGCAUGCAGGAGGAGCAGAAAAAACUGAUACAGAAUCAAGAAUGUGUAAUAAAGGAGCAGUUAGAACUGCACAGCGCACUGCAGCAUUUCAAGGAGUCUGGUUUCCGGGAAGUGUUGGAGGGUCCUGAGAAUUCCAGAUCACCCAAGUCCUCAAAAUGUGGUAACAGUAGCAAGUCCAAGGUGAUCGUCGCCCAGAUAGAGGUUCUGCAGGAGCUGUACGAGGCCAGUCAGACCGAGCAGGAGCGGCUGCACAAGGAGCAGGAGCGGCUGCUGGAGGAGCGGAAGAGGCUGCAGGCCGACUUGCAGCUCUGCCUGGAAGAAAUGCAGCUGCUCCAAGCCCAGUCCCCUUCUCUAAAAAUGAGCCUUGAGUCCUACAAGAAGAGUUACGGGAGCACGACCGCCAGCAGAGAGGACAAGAGCUGUGACAUUGAUGACAACGAGAGCUAUCACAAGAGCUACAGCAGCAGCAGCCAGGCCAGCGAAGAGAGCUUUCUCAAGAGCUAUGACAGCAGCAGCAGCAACACCAGGGAGUCCUGGGGGAGGAGUUACCGCAGCAGCAGCAGCAGCACUGCCUGUAAGAGGAGUUACGGCAGCAGCAGCAGCUCUGACGUCUUUCACAAGAGUUAUGUCAGCAGCAGCGCUGACAACGAACUUGCCGAGCCUGAGGAUGUGGAGUGCUUAGAGGUCACGGUUGCCAAGGUGUUGGUCAAGCUGCAGGGAGUGCAGGGCCUGUACCAGCUCAGCCAGGAGGAGCACAGCCUGCUGCAGGAGCGGAUGAAGAAGCUGCUGGACAAACAGAAAGAGCUGAAGGAAGAGCUGGAUGCCUGUGAGAAGGAAUUCAAGGAGUGCAUGGAAUGCUUCGAGAAGCCCGCUGAGAAGCCCGCUACCUCCCAGAACGACAAGAACGAGAUCAGAGACCUGCAGGCCAAACUGCGGGAGCUGCAGCUGCAGUACCAGGCUAGCAUGGACGAGCAGGGGCGGCUCCUGGCCGUGCAGGAGCAGCUGGAGGGGCAGCUGCAGUGCUGCCAGGAAGAGCUUCGCCAACUCAAAGAGAAGAGGUCCUCUGCUGCCAAAGAAACCAAGGGAAAGAAUGGCAAUAAGAACACGAACAAGAACGCCAAUGGGGUUACACAUAAAAAGGUGGCCAAGCCAAACCUGGAGAAUUCUGAGGGCUGCUUUGAGGCUGGAAAGAGUCUGGAGGUGGUGCUCUACUACAAGGCCAGCCAGAUGGCCUUGGAUGAUCUAACAAAAGAGGGAAAGAAGGAGGAAAUGAAAGCGGAAAAGGAGGAGGAGAAGAAGGAGGCAUCCUGGGCUGACCUAGUUUCUGAGCCAUCAGACCCUAAAGAGGUCGAACCCCAAGAAGAUCAGGCGGAGGGGUUCGAGGAGGCCCGCAGCCAGGAGGGCAAGGAGGAAGCCGACCAAGAGGAGGACGAGGAUGAAGCUGCGGAGGAAAACAACCCCCUCAAACUUUCUGAGAGCAAAAAGGUAACAGAAGCCAAAGGCUGGAUCACAUGGGAAAUGGGCUCUUGGGCGCAGGUGCCCAGCGUUUGGGGGCAACCCGGCCCUCGGAUGGACCUUGGCAGAGUCGGGGCCAGCGAGCUCUGCGGCACAGCCCCGGGGGAAGGGGGACGCAGAGGUGGGCUUGGGGAGAGCAGCGUCUGCGGGAAGCGGCGGCCUUAGGCAGCCGGCUGCGGAGCUGCCUCACCAAGACCACCUGCUCUGGGAACCAGGGUGGGCCGGUUGGAGUCCCGCCUCGGUUCCUUCACGUGGUAGCGCCUGGUACUUACUUCAGGAGGGUGCUGACGGGCAUUUCUGUCAGCCUGGGCCAGUCACUCCGUCCUGCUUUGCCUGAGGUGCCCUGCUACGGUUGAUGUCUGGCUGUGAGGGGCGGGGAGUGGCUGGUGUCGCCCACUGGGCUCUGUGUAGGACGUGGCACGAGGCUGGGGCCAGGCUGAUCAGAUGUAAUAGAAUAUUUCCGACUAUACAGUAGGGGCGUUGGCCAGACUAGGGAGACCAGCCAGAGUCCUAACCCGUUAGUACCGGAUCUUGAAAGGUCGGGCUGGGACCAGCCUGGUCCGUGUACCAACUGUACAAAAGUAUUUCUCUGCGUUGACAACUGCACAUCUAUCCAAGUACACGCCCACUGAAUCCCUGCCCUGGGUGACAUUCACGGAGGGCUCUGACUUCUGAAGGGUUUGAGUAGUGACUGACUCAAUCUUUACAAGUUCUUUCUGAACAGGGGAAGAAAAUAAGCCACUUGUGAUGGGAUGACCCAGUCAGCUUGAAGGUUAUCUGGAAUCUUCCAGCAGUUCAGUCUGCUGCACUGGCUAAGCACCCAGUUACAGUUCUCUUAACCUGGUGGCAGAGGACGGGGAGUUCGCCUUGUGGCUGAGCGGUAACGAACCCAACUAGUAUCCAUGAAGAGGCGGGUUCGGUUCCUGGCCCUGCUCAGUAGGUUAAGGACCCAGCAUUGCUGUGAGCUGUGGUAUGGGUUGCAGACACGGCUCGGAUCUGGCGUUGCUGUGGCUGUGGUGUACACCGGCAGCUGUAGCUCCAAUUUGAACCCUAACGUCCUUAUGCCACAAGUACAGCCCUAAAAAACAGAGAAAGAAAGAAAAAAAAAAAAAAAACCAGCUUUGUGGCAGAGGACUGUUACUUAGGAUGUGAAAAGUGGGAUAACCACAGCCCUUUCUCCACUGUUCUGUUUCUUUGAAUUCUUCAUAUCCCGCCACAUGCUGGUUCAGAGGCACAUAGAUUUCCAUGCUUUCCAGGUGCCACAUUUCUAAACACCUAACCAGAUUUUUCUCCUUCAAAGUCAAGUACAUUCCCUGUGUCUACACAUAGAAGGGGCCCUUUGCCUCAGUGGGUCCUGCAUCUUGUACAGGCAGCUCUACUGGCACACACGUGACCACUGGCACAUCCAGUUUCUCUCUGAAAGAUGGGUGCCGUCAAGAGCUAGCCCUUUGCUGGUGUGUGUUUGUUUUAGGGCAUUUUGUCUCACAACUACAGCAUUGGACUCCAAGGGGAUGGUAGGGACCAGAGCCCAGAAUACUGAGACUUGGUGGAGAGCAGCCAGAACACACGGCUAACAAAGGGACAGGUGGCCUGGCAAGAGGCUGUUCUUCCUAGAGUUACCCAGGCGAAGUUAAGACAUCCUACUCGUCUGGAGAGCCCAGCUCUGCUCCCUGGCGCUCCGCUUUCCCAGUUACUGACCUACAGGAAAGGGCUAGAGACAGAACCCUUGCUUGGCAAGAUUUGAGGCGGCUAUGACAAGCCAGAAACGUGGACCCACCACCCACAUUGGACCUAAGCCGCUGCUUAACUCGUUCGGUUUUGCGUCUUCCACAGGCCACUAGUGGGAAGUACCAGGCCCAAGCAGCGGAGAAGAAACACCACCGCUCUCGCUUACCUGUUGUUUAUUUAACCUCUUGAUCUCUUUCUCUUUUCCCUUUGUUUUAUCAUGUUCAUUAUCUGUUGGAUUCAUGUGUUGAUGUCUUUUCACCCCAUCUCUCAUCUCCUGGUCGCUCCUCGUGCCUCUUUCUCAUGUGAUGUG